AUGCUGGAACUGGUUUCGAACAAUAGUUCUGAUUUGGUUGGACGUUUCGACGUCCUAACUUCGUUGAAUUCCAUGCUUUCGGGUAUUCCAAGUACAAAAAGGAGCUGUCUUUGGGACGACCAUAGCUUAAGGACAGCUAUUUCUAAUUUCGGAGCUGGAUUACGCAAUUUGGGUGACUUUGAUCUUCAGGCCCAUUCUUCAGCUCUCCUACUCAGACUAGUCCCUCGAGAAAUGCAGAAGCAAUUUGCAUCAACUUAUAUAAUACGGGAGUUUCCGACAGUUGCACAAGAGUUCUCAAAUAUAGGGGGUAUAAAUUUCGAAUUUGAAGUUCGGUCGUUUCUCAACUCAUUAAAUGGCAUUGAGAAUGUUGAUCCAAAAGUCGUCUCUUUGCCGUGUGAGGCUUUGAAACUAUGCAAUUUAUCGCUAAGAUAUCCUGAAACUCCUAAUGUCAAAGGAGACGUUUUCUGGCUAGAUUUCAAUUUGGGUACCAAUCGAAUUACUGCAUAUUGUUUGGCACCUUUUAAUCAAGCUUCGCAAAUUUCGGACUGUACAUCUCAAAAUUCGUAUAUGUGGGAAAUCUUGACAAUCUAUCCAGAGCUACUUGAAAGUUUGGAUAUAGAGCUCGAAACGGAUUUUAUUGUUCUGCGUUUCACUAUGACUGAGCCGAUCAAAGAUUUUUGUGAGUGGGCGAAGUCGGUUUCUGGAAAUGUCAUUGAAGCAAGAAUCAUUAUCAACGCUUUGAGUAAAAAUUUCUUCCAGUUAAAAUUUACAUCAGUAAUUGUUGUUGAUGACAAUGAAGAAGCCAAUUUAGUUUGUAUUUUGAGGCGUUUACAAUCUUUGCGUCAGUAUCUAAAUGAUGAAGCCUUUGAUACGACUACUCACUUGAAAGUUCAGCCACUUGCUAAGAAUCAAUCUUUCGGUUCUAUUGUUACCUCACCUAUAAGUAUCGAUUCCAUCAGACGGGAAAAUUCUAUACAAAAGAAAACGUUACCGAAAUUGAUGGAGAUGUGUACACCAAAACGGCCAAACAAAUCAAGUACUUCAUACCAGUCAUCUAUUGCACGUUCUCCUAUUAUAUUCAAAAGUACGUUAUACCCUUUGAUGACAAAUGGUAAAGAUCUCCAGAUACAUUUGCGUGAUGAAAAAGAUGAAGCAUCAUUAGGAAAUGAAGGUGUUGCUUAUGGUUCUUUUGAAGUAAUUCUCACUCCAGUCGAUUCAUUGCACAAACCUGACAGUACAACUAAAAAGUCCAAGAUAGUUGAACCUUACUUUCGAAAAAUUUCAGAAGAGGAAUUUCAUGAGAAAUCAUUUCUUGCUGACUUCCCUGUUAAUAAUAAGGCAUUAGAUGUUGAUCUGGAUAAAUCUACACCUGAAAAACCUCGUAAAAUAGUUUCGCAUACCUCACCAGUGGCCUGUUUGAAUAUAUCAGAACCUCCAAUCAAAGCUGAUUUUAGUGAAUUUGAUGAAAAAACUCCUGAGCAUACCAAAUUAAAUUAUGUUGAAGCUUAUGUUAGCACAGAUGUUCUUGAAGAAUCUGUGGACAGAUUAUCUUCAGUUUCAUCUACCAAAGUUAUCUACAAACUAUCAGAUCUUGAUGAAAAUGUGAAACAACUAGUUAAGAUUACCAAAGAACCACAAAUUCUUACAGAAAAUUCUAAAUCCAAUCUCCCACUUAUUUCUAGUUUGACUAAAUCACCUAAAUUUGAUUCUCAACCAGCAACAGUAAUUUCUGGAAAAGAAAAUGAUUCAAACUUACGUAUUUCAAAACCUGAAGUUCCGGAAUCCGAUACCUCUCUAUCACUGUCAUCACUGGUCGGAGAAUACUCUCCGUUCCAAGAUGGUCUGCCAACUUCUUCCUACUUAGAACUUGUCACUUCCAAACCUAAGCACAAGAGUUCACGAUUAACUAGUAGAAGCAUUUGCACAUCCGCCAAUAAGUCUCUAUCUGUUUCAACGAAAACGCUUUGUAAUAUAUCGGCCUCUUAUCUUCUGGAUGUUUCACCAGAUGGAGUUUGUUGUCCGCUUACUCCUGAAGAAUACACAGUUGUAUCCUUACCCAAACUAUCUACACAAGUUACACUGAAAGGAAAAGCACGAAGAAGUGGUAGGCAGUUAACUACUACCAAACGUAAGAUUGAUAAUCAAGUAAAAAGUGAAAUAUUACAAGAACUUGAAAAGACUCCAUCAUCGCCUAAAACAACACUCACAUCAUCCUUAGAAUCAAGUGAUUCUUCAGAUGUCAAUUAUCAACCACUUCGUGUUCGACUUGAUUCCUUUAAUUCAACGGAAAGACGAAGAAGUGCACGACUUCUAAACAAAAGUCAAAAUAAUUUAAAAACCAUUACUCAAUCGGAUGUAAACUCUUCACCAAUAAAACAGGACAUCUCAUUCUCAACUCCUUCUCAAACACAGUUGUCUACUUCUCAGACUUUAACAGAGACACCUAUAAACCUUCAAAAGAUGAUAAGACCUGUGUCUGCGUUUAGAAAGAAAAAAUUCUUCUCUACUACUCGUUCAGAGAGAAUUGAGAAAGAAACACAACGAUUUCAAAAAGCUUGUGAAACGACAAAUGUAAAUAAAAAAACAUCGAAAUCAAAUAAAAAGUGUCUAAAAGAUAAAAAUCAGAAAAAUCUGGAAGUAAAAAGCAAUCAUCAACGAAAUCAACAGCCGUACAAGUCUGCACCAAAACAUUUUCCAACUAUUAAAGAGGCAAUUAAUACAGCGAUUUUGCCUCAUUCAAUGCCAGUUGAUAGUGAUCAGGAGUUUAAUGUGAAAAUUGUGGAUCCAGAUGAUGAAUUUUCGCCCGAAAAUGCUGAUGUGAUCUCUCCACCGCAGAAACCAGUCAAAUUAUCCGAUAAACUCCGUCGAUUGUGUGUUAAACCGUUUGAUAAAAAAUCGCCGGCAAUUUUACUGAGUCCAUAUACUGAAUUAGAGACAAAUAACGUGAAUGACCAUGCAUCUCAAAUCAGCUCUUCUUCGAGUGCUGCAAGUUUAUUCAAAAUGACUCCUCCUAAACAUUUUCCUAAAUACUUGGAAACAGGAAAACGAACUAAGGUUGUUCCACUUAAUUUCUCAACAUCAAUCAAUCAGACGAAUAAACCGAAGUUUACGUUAGCUAGUGAGAAACAUCUUCUGGAAGAAGAUUCAUUUGAUAAAGACUUGUCAGUUUUUGACGCCGUUGAAUUAGAAUCCAACAAACCACAAAUCUUAAAUGAUGAAUCAAUUGAAAUUGCAGGACAAUUCUAUCGAGAUUCAUUCGAUCGAUCUCCUCUAGCUGACAACCUACAUCAUAUUAGUCCGAAAGAACUGGAAGUGUGUUCAGUUACAAAUCUUGAAUCUCUUUUACAACAUGUUGCAUUAAUUUCGACAAAAGUUGAAGAAAAUAUACUAACACAUCAAGAACUUGAACAAAGAUGGCUUUCAGUUCAAAAAGAACUAUCCGAUUUAAAAUUGAAUAUUCAAGAAGCAGUCAAUAAAAGCAUUUAAUCAAUUAUACAAAUGCAGAUUAUUUUCUUUUUUAUAUGUAAAAAAAAAAUUAUCAAUUGUGUUAUAUACUU